CUCCCCCACCAGCUUGUGGGCGGAAGGGGCGUCGCUUGUGGCUGCCGCCGGGGCUGGAGGCGUGUGCGCGCUGGGUCGCCGGCGCUUGGAACGCAGCAGCUUGGCCGGAGCACAUUGCAGCGCCGCGGCUCAGUGCCGCCGCCGCCCUCUCCCGGGAUCUGGCUUCUCCGCAGUCUGCAGCGGGGGGCAGAGCAGGAUGCAAGAAGUGAACAAGAUUGGAAGCGUGAAACAAGAAUGGCUUUGCAAGCCAAGAACUAAUGACCAAAUUCUAAAUGAAACACAGCAAAAAGGUUGUGAUAUUUUUGACAAUGACCUUUUUGAAGAAGCUCAGAAAGUUGGAGCUGGAUGCACUGAAGAGACAAGAGUUAAACAUCAAGCCGAUACAACUAUUAAGUUGUGGAAAAAUGGAUUCACAGUGAAUGAUGGUGAACUCCUCAGCUAUACGGAGGCUGCAAACCAGCGAUUCUUGGAAUCUAUUAAAAAAGGGCAACUACCUCUUGAGUUGCAGAAAAUAUUUGAUAAAGAAGAGGUUGACGUGAAAGUCCAUGAUAAGAAGGAUGAAGUGUAUAUGUUGAAGAAGCCAGUAUUUCACGCUUUCACUGGACAAGGAUACAGAUUAGGAAGUGCCACACCAAGAAUAAUUUCCAAAGCAAAGCAAUGUGUUCAAGAAACUGAAAAAAGAAGACCUACAGUGUUGUUAAAUACUUCAGAACCCAUCACUAGUGUCCAGAUCUGGUUAGCAGAUGGAACAAGGAUAGUACAAAAGUUUAAUGUUACGCACAAAAUAAGCCACAUCAGAGACUUUAUAAUAAAUUACCCAGGAGCCCAUGGAAGAAGUCCUUUCACGCUGACCACAUCGCUUCCAUUUCGAGAGUUACUGGACGAAUCUCUCACGCUGGAGGAAGCCAGUUUAAAAAAUGCCGUUGUUGUUCAGAGACUCAAAAAGAGUACAGAACCUUUCAGAAACACAUCCUAGCACUGUCUGUCAGGAUCUCCAAGGGUACUUCAUGAGGAGUGAUUGGCUGCUGCUACUGAACAGUCUCAGGAUAUGAGAGGGGGCAAGACCUGCCCCCCUGAAUCGUUUCCCAGUUGUUAGCUUCACUUUGCCAAAAGGCUAGCUGUUACUUGAGCUACAUUUAAGCCAAGCCAAAAAAACCUCCAACAACAAUAGCAAUAUCUGAGCGAGGUAUACAACUUCUGCAGUGCUGUCUGAAACAGCACAUGGUGUGUGCUGUACCUAGUCUAUCCUAAAAUAUUCUCAGAUCUAUUUUCACAUAAACGGUCCGAAUAGAAUGUAAUGAGCAUUAAAAAAAAGGCUUCAUAGAUUGA